UGGCAAUGUCCGGAUAAUCGCGCGCGAGAUUUCGGAAUUCAAAUUUAUUAUCCGGACACUCCUCGGAUUUCACCACCAGAGACGAGAUGUCGACGACGGGAGACAUGGCGAACAAUGCUGCCAAGGUCAAGAAGCAGCUCCAAGCGAUACACUACCCCUACGACGCAUCUACAAGCGCGGACACAUUGGCACGCGGAAGCGCGACAGAUCACUUGGCAGAACUGCUUCGGAUUCUCCAUUAUGCACUCCUCGAUUACUCGCGGCACGUGGCCCAGCUCGUUCAAGCUGCCGUAAGGGUCUUCGUUGGCAUGUCUAUCUCACACACCAUGUAGGAUCUUGAUCUGUACGGGAAGACCGACGUCAAGUUCGUAGAUGGCGUCCUCCGCUUCGCGAGAGAUCAUUUGACAUAUUUUCCCAACCUCACCACGGCGCAACUCCUGUCACCGCAACACUUUCGUGAACGCAAGAUGAUUGUGUUGGCUGACCUUUUGGCGCAUAUUGCGCAAGUCCAUAUCGCAGGAAAUCGACGACAGAAGCAGCAGCACGCCGUGUGGGUGCCCCCAACACAAAAAACGUCGUUACCCCCGAAUCUCACUCGAGUACCAUCUCAUCACGUCAUACCGGCACAAGUAGACGACAAGUCAUCCCCAUGGAUAAACAUGAAUCUUGGACAACCUAAAGCCACGAGAAUCAUUCGCCAUCCCCGAGAGGUCCACCCAUCGACUGACGGCAAUGACGUCCAUGUGUCAGAUACAUUGCCGCCAUCACGACACGUACAACGUGAGGCCGCAUCACAACGAUCCACACUUCCCACACAGAACGGGCCCACGUCCAUAGAAGACGUCCCCACGCACAAAGACACAUUGAAUACAACUCGAUCCGAUCACGACAUUGACAGCGGCAAGCGACGGAUGUGGUACAACAACCAGCAUGACGCACACAACGGAACCGACGACGACGACGACGACAUGUACCCGCGGGCAUCGAUCCACGUCCGAAGAACCCCGUCGAUUGACAAGGCACAGAUUCCAUCUCCCCCCAGACCUACGAACGCUUCGUACACAUCCACUCCACCUCCUGAUUCUUCGUCAGAUCCCCCAACGUCCUCUGCAACAUCGCACGAUGCCGUCCUCCAAGCUCUUCUCCACCUUGAGGAGAACGUGGCGUCCAAGCUGGAUGCACUUAGCCGUGCGUUUGACGAAAAACUCGCUGCUCUCGACAACCGCGUUGCGCGGCUCGAAACCGUCCAGAGCGCCAUGGCCAUGCACUUUACCCCUUCCGCACCAUCGUUGGCAACCUGUCAAGGGAGCCCGAACCAAGAAAACCCGGCCGACGCCCUGCCCACCCCACCCCGUGUCAAGUUGUCUUCGUUCCUCACUCAAUCCGUCGACCGCCAGUACAAGUGGCCGCCGGAACCGAGUGUAUUUGGCCACCAAAGCCGGCCAUGACCCACGCCAUUCCACGGCAACAAGCACAACGCCAUGCACAAGAAACGGGGUUGUCUUACGCCCAGUACCGCUCCCCAGUAAAGUGGUUGUAAAAGUAUGCGGCGCCCGACUGGUCGUCCUUGUACUGGGCCCAUCCGUCGUUUGCCGUCGAGUGGUUGCCCGCUCCGCCGUCAUAGUAAUGGUACUGCCCAGCGUCAUCGUAAUACCCCACGUCGUCCUUGUACCCGUCCGCGUUGUAAUAUGCGCCGUAGUUGUC